AUGAGGACGUCUGCGACGAAUGGCGAUGUGAACGACGAAGAUGUUUUGACGCAAUACAUCAUCCUGAGAAGAGACUUGUGGCGAGAAAAAGCGUGGCCGUUGGGGUCGAUCGCCGCGCAAGUCGCGCACGCCUCCGUGGCGGCUUUGGAGACGUUCAAAACGAACGAAGAUUCAAUUAAGUACGUUGCAAAGGAGAAGUUAUCGUCCAUGACGAAAGUGGUUUUAGAGGUGAAAGGAGAAGCACAAUUAAUGACAUUAAGCGAAAAGUUAACGGAGAACAACAUCGACUAUUACGCGUGGCGAGAACAACCGGAAGAUUACGUGACGUGCGUGGCGCUGAGGCCGUAUAGGAAAGAGGAGGUGCGAGAGCUUUUGAAGAAGUGUAAUCUGGCGAGCGACGUACGAGGAGGAUGA